GCAUUGAUAGGUGGCACUGAUGGGUGACACUGAAAGGCAGCUCAGAUGGGCACUGAUAUGUGGCACUGAUGUGCACUGUUAGGCACUAAUAUGUGGCAUUGAUGUGGCACUGGCAAGUGGCACUGUUCAGCACUGGCAGCUGGCACUAAUGGACACUGACAGGUGGCACUUCUGGGGCCACACUGAUCAUCAGGGCACACUGAUCAUCAGUGCCCUGCGGCUCUCCUCUCGAGCUGUCAACGUGACAGCUCGUGAGGAGAGAAAUGUCGAUAACCGGCAU